UUUGCUACGGAACCGAACGGUGCCUAAACCCCUUCUUCUUCUUCUUCUUCUUCUUCUUCUUCUUCGUCUACGCUCUUCUCCCGCUGUACUUCCACUCGACGCGCACCGAAACCCUAAUCCCUCUCCUCUCCUUUUUGAUUGGGAGGUCCUCUCGAUCUCAACAAUGGAGGACGGUGAACAAAUCCGUGAAGGGGAUCUCGACGAGGCGCUACACGGUCUCUCCCCUCUCGGCAUCCAUGGCGAAGUCCCCCACGAUGGUGAGGGAUUAGAAGAUGAGGAUAAGGAGGAGGAGGAGGAAGAAGAAGGGGAGUUAGAAGUAGGAGGAGAGGGAUUGGAACCUUCGAUUGGCUUUUCACAUAGAGCAAAAAUUAUCCAAAUUCUGAAAAAUCUGCACUCCCCUGAAGUGAAGAUCUAUUCGGAAUCAUCGAAGGAAUUUAUUGGGCUGUUGAGGGGAGAUUUAGGCGGAAGUAUUCUCCGAGAAUUUAUUCUGUUAUCGCCUAAGUGCUCGGAGCUUGCGGAGGCUUGGCGGCUUCAUAAGGGAAAGCCCGGGGUGGCCCAUAUACUGUCGCUGUUCUCAGUGGUUUUCGAACAUCCAGAAGGUAAAUCCCAAAUUGGUGGGAUUAGAAGAAGUCUAGAUAAUUUCGCCCGAUCAAUUUUUGUAGAAAGAAUUGAUGAUAUUCACAGCGAAUUGAACAGCCAAGAAGCGAGGCGCCAAAGCGCCGCGCUGAAUCUUUUGGCUUCUAUUGUGAGGCGUGGCAUAGGGUUAGCUUCUGAGGUUGCGAAAUGUUUUGAUUUUAAGCUUCCCGUGCUUUCUAAGUUCUCUGGAAUUAAGAAGAAGGGGCGGAAAGAGGAAAUGCGAGGAGUGAAGCGUUCCACAAGGAAUGCAUUUGUUGGAUUUGCCAUGUCGUUUAUACAAGUUGGGAAUCCGAGGCUGCUGAGAUGGAUUCUUCAGCAGAGGGAGUUGUAUUCCGGCGUUCUCCGCGGAAUUGGAACAGACGAUGUUGAUACUGUUGUUUAUAUUCUGUCUGUUAUUCGAGAUAGGGUUUUAGUUGAGGAUUCUCUAAUCCCUCCUGGCCUAAGAAGUGUUCUUUUUGGAAGUGCCACUCUUGAGCAGCUGAGUUACAUCUCGGGAAAUCCAACAGCCGGCGCUGGUGCUGACAUAGCGCAUGAAGUUUUGCUUUUGGUAUGUACAGAUCCGAGGAAUGGUUUGAUGCCGACCUCGAACUUGAAAGGCAAUGAGAAGCGGUUGUUUGAUCUCAUGAAGAAAUUGAAGGCCACAGAAGUCGAUUAUCAUAAGAAGUUGCUUUUGGCUGUUGUGAAUAAGCGACCAUCUCUUUGCGCAGCGUACAUGGAUGAGUUUCCCUACCAUCUUGAACCACGGAUACAGAUAUCUUCUUCUUGGUUUGCUGCCAUAUCCCUUGCAGCAGAUAUGAUAUGCUCUGUAAAUUGGGAUGCCAUGAUCACCUCUCUCGCCUCUAAUUCACAUAAUCUGCUCGCUGUAAAUGAUGGUGAGUUACAGCAGAUCUUGAAGUGCAUCAUUCCUGCCGCUUGUUCUCGGUUGGUGUUAAAUAAGGGGUUGCUCCAUUCUGAUGAUCGUGUGAAGCACGGUACUCUCAGGCUUGUUUUAGAAUCAGUCAAAUCAUUGCAAGGUCUAAUCAGCGCAAUUGAUAAGAGGGCUGCUGGCAUGAGUAUGAACAUAAUACCUCAUACAUCUACUGAGGUGGCAGCUAGAUUGCAUUUUCUUUUGGGAUUAAGUUGCUCCUUAGAAGUGGAUGGGUCUUUGGAAGAUGUAAUUCAUCCACAAGCGGAUAAAAUAGGUAUAGAGAAAUGGAUUUCUUUGAAGCAAUUUAUUCAGGAUGAGGUCAGAGCAGUGCUUCCUGAUCCCCAAGUCCUUCUAAAGUUGCUUUCAUCAAUGAGUUGUAAAGAACUAAAAAGUUCGGGCAAGAGCUUAAAGAGAUGUUCAAAUUUUCCAGAGGGUGUUGCCAAGAAACUGAAAAGUGAAACCACCAAUGAGUAUAUUGAUAUCAUGAUUAGUGGAAUAGAUGCUGAAUGUACUGAUGCUAAUGGUACAGCAUCUGGUAAACAAGAUUUGGACUUGGUAAAUGAUCGCAUGGCGAUUGUAAAAGACAUAUGGGGAUCAAAGGAAGAUAAUUUAAUUAUCAAUAAUCCAACAGAUGCAGAAGAUGUUUUCCAUUCGAAGUUGCUAGAUAUUCUUGCGAUUUAUUUGAGGACGAUGCCCAUCUCCUUCGAUGGCGCAUUUGAUUUCUUCAGAGUUAUACCAGUCAAUCCUUUAAGCCUUCCCACGAAUCGGCAACAGUCUUUAUUUUCUCUGUUAGUUGAGUAUAUUGGACAGCCUACAGGAAGCUUGGAGUUGGGAAGUAUUCCCGAGUCAAUGUAUAAGCACUUGCAACCAUUAAUUAAUGUCUUGUUAUAUUCGGGCCUAAAAAACAUUUGCAAUCAAGCUUACAUUUUGGUACGGGCUGCCAUGAUAAGCACUGGUGCUUUUGAUCAGAACUUUGUCGAGAUUGAUGCUUGGUUAUUUUUCUUACCUGCUUAUAAGACACAAAAGCUUGGUGUAGAUAGCCAAGGAGGAGGAGCAUACCGUGACCUCUCUUCUGUUGUUGUUUCGUUUCUGUGUGAUGCUGUUUCAACAGUGGGAAACAAUUUGUACAAGCACCUAGAUAAUAUGCACAGGCUUCUUGCUAAUUUGGACUACUUUGAAGAUGAUUCCUCUGGUUUCAGUCCUCUCAUUUUAUGCAUCCUACAAAAGUGCCUCAGGCUACUUGAUUCAGAUUCUGGAACAUUUAAGUUAUAUGAAAGAUCUGUAAUCUCUUUAUAUGUGUCCAAUACAUUAAGCUUAAUUAUGCAGUCUCAGGUAACUGCGAGUAUAUUGCCUGGUCUGAUAAAUUUGGUGUUAACUGAAAAAUUAAAAGAUAAAUUGUCAGAAGAUGAGGAUUUUGAGAUUUCUCUCUGUGAAUGGAGGCCUCUAAAGAAUCUGCUAUGUUUUGCACGGAGCAUUUUAAACCAACAGAGCUGCAACCUCUUUCCUGUAUCAGAAAAUACUACUAAAGGACAUGAAAGCUCUCUCUCCUCUGUACUUAGCAAGGUACAGGAAUUUCUAGAUCAGGGGCAUGCCAAUGAGCUAGCUGAAACAGGCACUGCACUUUCAUUUUCAGUAAUAUGUGCCACUCCUGAGGAUGUGAUGGAAAAUUUCCCUUUGCUUCUUACUGUCACCAAACAUUAUUUCAAUUCAUAUCUUCCUUUCCUCUCAUCAAUAUUUUUCCUAGAACCAGAAUAUCUUGCCAAAGCUUCAAUUCGAUGGCCAGAUAUGUUCUUCUCCGCUUUUAGGAUGUUAAAGGGUGAAUUUUUGAACUAUUGCCGGGCCAAUGAUGCCCUUAACUUAAACAAUUUUCCCCCCAAAGAAUCAGCUGCUGCUGCUGCUGCUGCGCUUAGUCAAUUUUUAUUUAAUGCUUCAUUUUAUGAGCUGUUUUCUGCACUCUUUAGCUUUGGCCGCUGCACAAAACAUGCAACUAGAGAGGAAGAAAUCUCCCAUUCAGUUGAAAUACUAGAUUUGCUCAAAGUAAAGAUUUCUGAAGGCUCAGAUAAUGAUUUAUUAUCAUUCCUGAGAUAUACCCUGUUUUGGAGCUACCAGAUACUGUCAACCUAUAUUGCGAAGCCAUUGAAUCCUCUGAAAGAACUUCUUCAAAUGUGCUUUAGCAUCGUUGAUUAUAUGUUGGACAGCAUUCUGCUACUGACUGCCGAUAGUACAGAAUCAAAAUCUUUGGGAACAUCUUCUCCUACAAAGCAUAUUCAUGAUGCUGUUGACUUCAUUUUUCAUCACCCAAUAAUUAACUUGCUGCUGUCCUGCCCUGUGUCCUAUAAUGAGAAUUCUGCAGAUGGAAAACUUGGUGGUCAGAAUGAUGCAUUGAAAAUUUUCUCAACAGAAAAUCUUCGUCCUGUGGACUGGAUUAGGUUGAAAUUUUUGAGUAAACUAUUUGACUUUUUGUUAAAUGUGGGAAAUCGGGAAAUGUAUGCUUCUGAGAAUUAUGUACAGUUUCUUGGAUCAAUCAUUAAGGCUCCAAUGCUUGUGAUUCAAAAGGUGCUGUUGAUAUUCAGGCAGAAAUUUGAACUCUGUUUCGAGAAGAGAAAUUUUCUACCUCUGCUCCCUGAAUUUUCGAUAUUAUCUGCUUUGAUACAGUUUGUAUCUCCUUUCGAGCUUCUGGAACUAGCACAUUGGAUGUUCUCUAAAUUAGAGGAUGCUGUUUCUGGUAGCGUUUCUGAAUUCACUUCUGCUGCUUUGGUAUGUCUAUACAUUGCUGAUGCUGCGAUGGAGAUGCUACAUGGUUACCUAAAACAACCUGAACUGAAAUCAAAACCUUAUCACUUUUGGGAUAUAAAACUUGAAAAUUUUGAUGCCACCAUUUUCCAAAUAGUUCAUUGUAAGAUUCUUCAUUUUGUGAUAUGCUUGAAGCUAGAAUUUGCAGAUAAAUUUUUAUUGAAGACUGUUGAUCGCGUCUAUAGUCAGAGAUAUGCAGGACCCAGCUCUACUAUUCUUCCUUUCUAUAUGUCAUUAUCUACAAUGAUUGCUAACAGUCCCAUGAAUCUGUUUCUGCACUGCUUUUUUCCGACAAGUAAGAUCAAGGCAAGAACACUGCAACUGCUUGUUGAAAUAAGCCCUAGUCAUAUGGAUCUUUUUGGGCGGUUAUUCUUGGGUAUCUUAAGUGACGACUCAUCUAUUUUGAAUCUUUUAAAAGGCUAUGUCUUCUCUGCGGAUGAUUAUCUGCUUCUGUUACCUGCUGCUUUAUCAUACUUUUCAUCUAAUUCUCAUAUAGAUAAGCAGGAUUUAGAACACUCUGCAUUGAUACCAAAUUUUUAUUCGAGAACACUUUUAACUGGGUUUUCUAGCUGGAAGAACUAUGUCACUCAGAGCAUUUUUGACGAAGAAUAUGGUGAAUCUGCGCCUGCUUCAUUUGAAGAUUUUCAGAAAUUUUGCAACAGCACCCUUCUAGGAAAGGCUAUUACUAUGUUGCACCACUUCUUUAUCUUAAAUGGGAAGUCCCUGAGUAAAAGGCACCGUCUGGACAUAUUUGAUUCUAUAUGUCCACCUUCAGAUGAAUUUUUAGAGUUUGGUCGUGAGCAAGUCAGUUUUGGUCCAUUUAAUGAGACUUUAAAACUUAUCAGUGAAGGUUUUGCAAAGAUAUCACUUUUGAGGUUAUUGUUAUCUCCUCCUGAACUGGAGGGAGGAAGCAUUGAGAUGACCAAGGAGAUUAAAACCAAACGAUUUAAUCAUUCAAAAGAAAGGUUUAUUAACAUUUUGGUGAAAUCAUUGGAUCAGAUCGUUAGAAAUUUCCCUCGAAAGACAAAUAACAUGGAUUCUUGCACAGCUAACACCUGUAAAGUUGUUAGUUUUUUAGAAUAUUUUAUUUUGAGAAAUAUCAUUCAGGUGUCUGUAGAGAUCCAAAGUUACCUGACCCGGUUGAAGUCAAUUCCAUUUCUAAAUCCUUUUAUCAGAUCUUCUCUCCUUCAUAGAUUUGAGGAUCCUGUUACAAUAAAAGCUAUUCGAUGCAUUCUUGUUGCACUCUCUGAGGGGAGAUUUUCCGCUGCUGAAAUUCUUGAACUCUCGCUGGGGCACUCUCAGUUUGUACCUAUACUUACCUGCAACGGUUCUGUUUCAUUUUCAUCUGCUUUGGCUCCCACAGGGACAUUGCUGCAGCCGGUACCUAGUAUUUUGAAAACAAUCGAUGCCUCAGUUACCGAAGUCUCUAGCAGAGAGAGUUAUAAUAAUUAUUGUGUCUCAGACAGGAGAAAGAUUGAACAUAUUAGAUUACUUAGAAUACUCUACCAUCUCAAGAACAGACAGCAGAGUGAUGGUAACUCAAAUCUCAACGUGAUGGAUUCCAAAGAAUUGAUUUCUUUUCUUUUAUCUGUCUAUGGUGCGACACUUGGUGAAAUAGAUUUGGAGAUACUUCAUCUCAUGAAUGAAAUAGAGUCAUCUGAGGGUUUGGAGUAUGAAAGAAUUGCUGAAAUGGAUUAUUUGUGGGGAAGUGCUGCUUUUAAAGUCAGAAAAGAGCUAAGGUUUGACUGUUCAGUUUCCAACAACAAGAAUGUUGCUAAUGAAACAACUGAGGAAAGACGCAAAGUGCUUUUCAGGGAGAAUAUACCAGUUGAUUCAAAAGUCUGCGCGAUGACAGCUCUCCAAUUUUGCUAUGAUAGAUGCUCAAGGAUUGCCCCGUUAUCACUGGAUAAGCUUCUUGAGGAUAAGUUUACUGAAACUUCAAAGAUACAAUCUCAAAACGUCAGUAUGGUUCAACAGUACGAUCCUGUUUUUAUACUGCGUUUCUCAAUUCAUAGUCUGUUAAUGGAUUACAUUGAGCCUGUUGAGUUUGCUCGAAUAGGCCUACUCGCAGUUACACUAAUCAGCAUUUCUUCUCCUGAUGAAGAGCAAAGGAAAUUAGGUUACACGUCCCUAGGGAGAUUCAAGCAAGCAUUGGAGAGUUCUCGAAAAAGUAAGGAGGCAUUGCAGCUUCAACUUCUCUUAACAUAUGUGCAAAAUGGAAUAUCUGAAUCCUGGCAGAAGAUACCCUCCAUAAUUGCUAUUUUCACAGCAGAAGCCUCUUUCACACUGUUGGACACAGCACAGAAGCAAUUCUUUACAAUCAACAAAUUCUUAAUGCACUGUCCGGGCGUUAACCUAAAGAGCGUUCCGUUGUUUAACACGUUAUUUGGAAAUAGUUCCAUCCACUUCAAAGCUGACCGUUUGUGGAUUCUUCAGCUAUUAUAUGCUGGUCUGAAUUUGUAUGAUGAUGCUAAAAUAUAUGUGAAAAACAACAUUUUGGAGUUCUUGUUGAGCUUUUAUGCCUCUUCAAUUUCGGAUCUUGAAUCAAAGAUUCUGAUCCUUCAGAUAAUAAAGAAGUCUAUUAAGCUUCCAUCGCUAACUCAUCAUUUGCUGAAGGAACGUGGGUUACUGCCAUGGUUAUCGUCAGUUAUUUCAUCCUACGGUGAGAACAUUGAUGAAGAUAAACAUUCUUCUCUAGGAAUAAUUGAGUUGGUUUUGAAGAUAAUUAAUGAGGCAAUAUCUUCGCGAUCUAUAAUGGAAUGGCUACAAGAAUUUGCCCUUGAGCAGCUGUCAGAUAUUACAUCUAACGUAUACUUGCUGUUCGUGAGAGCCCUCAAGCUGCUGAAAGGAAAUGUUUUAUUAUUAAAUUCUAUGCUUCGUGUGAUGGUAUCAACACUUAGAUUAUCACAGAAGAGGAAGAUAUACCAACCGCAUUUUACCUUGUCUCUGAACAGCAUAGUUCGGCUUUGCCAAGCUGUUAAUGCUGAGCUAAGUAGCAGGGAUUUCAAUCUCGCGAUAGAGCUCGGAGUAGAUGCCAUACUCAUGAAUACGCCGGUGCCUGUUACUUCUCACGUGGAUAAGGUGAAGUUGGCAAAGGUCAUCACGUGGGCAAUUUCAGUAUCUUUGCAAUUAUCCUCUAGCCAAAGAUCGCUAACAAAUGAGCUCGAUCGGAACGUGCUAAUCUCUUUGAAAGAACAGCAGGAGUGUCGGAUCUCAAAGAUCUUGCGGUGGUUAACGGCUUCACUUAUUCUCGGAAGCAUUUCCACAGUUGCUCAUCAAACGAGUACAAAUUAUGUUUUGUGCAGACCAAACCCUGAGAAUCUGCAAUCUUUGUUGGAAUGUUUAAUAGGAGAAAGGGACGAAAUAGCAGAAGAUUGUGGUGCAAAUGAGACACUAGCUUUUAUCAUAAUGUAUCUUCAGCAGCUUCCCAGAGUAAACAAUGAUGCUCUAAAUCGUUCAGUCACAUUAGCUCUUUGCAUAUUACUCCUAAAUACUUCUAAUCCAACAGUUAAAAAAUAUCUGAGCGAGCGUCGUGGGCAAGUUGUAUCAUUAUGCAUGAAGAUAGGCUGCCCUGCAGAAACUAAUACUGCUUGGAGAUGGUCGUACUAUCAACCGUGGAGGGACCUCACAACAUAUGAAACCGAGAUGGAGAAACUGGAGGAACACCAAGCAUGCAGGAGCCUUUUGAUUAUUUUUUCAAAUGCUCUUUCUGGGGCCGAGCAAUUUGGUUUCCCGGUGCUCUCUUGCGAUGACGUGGAGCACUGUAGCUUGUUUCGGUGGGAAAGGGAGAUAAUGUUGAGGAGGAUAAGUAAAUCAUGAGUAUCAAUUUUGCACAUUCUUUUUUGCUGUUUGAAAAUGAGCUUUCGAGCUUUGGUUUUCGUUCUUGGCUCCUGUAAUUUCAGCAUAGUGUAUUUAUACAUAGUUCAUUAAGUGCAGGUUUUUUUGGGGUGGCUUUUAGAAUCCAAAAUUUACUCGUCCCCAGCUCUGUUGUGUGUACCUUGAAGAGAACUUUAAUUUUAAUGAAGAAAUCAUUUGGAUCUGCA